AUGUCAGCUGUUAUUUGUUCAGAUAUACCUGUUUCAACAGAUGAGUCAAAAAUUAAGGAAUUCUUCUCCUUCUGCGGAAAGGUAGAUACAAUUGAUGUGAUUUCGAAAUCAGAGAAAACAAAAUCAGUUGAAGUAACAUUUGCCAAUCAAUCAGCAGUUUCAACGGCAACGCUAUUAAAUGGUGCUGAGCUUAACGGUGGAACAAUUCAUGUGAAAGCAAAAGAAUCUUCUUCUGAAAAGUCCGCUGCAUCUGGUGUGACGUCUGCGAAAAAUGACAAAUCAGAUGAAAUUGCUGCAAUUCCACAAGAAGAAAAGCCAAAAUCUACAAUAGCCGCCGAGUAUUUAGCUAAUGGAUAUGUUUUGUCAGACAACUUGAUACAGAAGGCUAUUGAGUUCGAUAAGAAGCAUGAUCUUAGUAGUCGGUUCAAAUCAUUUCUUCAGGAUAUCGACAACAAGUAUCAUUUCCAAGCAAAGGGACAGGAGGUGAAUGCAAAACUGGGUCUUGAUGAAAAGUUCAACCAGGGAAAAAAGACACUGGAUGACUACUUAGAUAAAUUUAAGAGUGGUAAAUAUGGUUCGAAACUCAACGAGAUGUACACAAAUGUUGCAACAGAUGUUUCCCAGGUUCAUGAGCAUGCUAAAAGUAUUGCACGUCAAAAGGAGGGAAAAUCAAAGACACCAGGAAAUGGUCCAGCUAUUAAUCCAACAAUUAAUACGAUCAGUCCUGAUUCUUCAACGGCUAAAGCAGCAGGUGCAACAGCAUUUGAAGCGGAUAAGAAAUAA